AUGCCCAGUAAAAGUUUGGACUUCUUCAUUUUUGGUUCAGAUUCCUUUGAAACACAGUCCAUUAAAUUUGUAGUAGUAUAAAUUUAAUACAAUUUGUUUCCAUAUUUCAAUGCAACUAUCUGUUUCAAAAACUCUAGUUGAAGACUACAUUAAUACGAAGAUCAUGUUUCAUGAUAGAUGAUACAAGGAGCAAAUUAUUAAGACUGGUCAAGGUGUUUUGACAUUAUUUGGGGAAUUGCUAAAGGGCUUGUCUAUCUGCAUGAAGAUUCUCAAUUGAGGAUUAUGCAUAGAGAUCUCAAAGCAAGCAAUGUUUAGCUUGAUAGUGAAAUGAACCCCAAAAUUUCUGACUUCGGCAUGGCUAGAACAUUUGGAGAACAGUCUGAGGGAAGCACAAAGAGAGUGGUUGGAACCUAUGGUUAUAUGGCACUAAAAUAUGCCAUUUAUGAGCAAUUCUCAGUAAAAUCUGAUGUUUUCAGCUUUGGUGUGCUGUUGUGGGAGAUGAUAAGUGGGAAGAAGAAUAGAGGGUUUAACCAUCUCAAGCCUCGCCUUAAUAUUGUUGGACAUGUAAGUAUCAAGCUUCAAACCAUACUUUCUUUCCUUCCUUGACCUGAAAAUUGACUUGAAAAAUUACUUGAAAAAUGACUGACAGUUUAUAAUUUGUAUAUAGGCAUGGAUAUUGUGGAAAGAAGGAAAUCCUUUAGAACUGAUUGAUUUGUUUGUACAAGAGUCUUGCACUCUGUCUUAAGUAUUAAGAUGCACCUACAUUAUUCUCUUAUGUGUUCAACAACACCCUGAAGACAAGCCAAGGAUGUCAUAUGUGAUUUUGAUGCUGAGUAGUGAGAUAGCCCUAGAACAACCUGAAGAACCGGGUUUCUUUAUUGACAAGAAAUCACUUGAAACAAAUUCUUCAUCCAGUAAACCUGAAUCAUCUUUAACCAAUUAACCUCUCAGUGUUGGAGCCACAAUAAAGGUUUCUCGAAAAC